UUAAAAAAAAAAAAAAAGAACCUUUACACUCCAUACUUUAUUGCAAAUAUGCCUCGUACAGUAAGAAAAGCACGUCCUAAUAAGAAGCGUGGAAAGCGUCAAACAAAAGAAGAAGAGACUCCCGAGAAUGGUGGCGAGAGCGGUUUCUUCAUGGAUCCCCAAGGACAAGCUCCGUCAGAAGAUCAACCAAUGGAGAAUGCGUCGUCGAGUCAUAUGUAUCAAGAGCAACAUUUCCAAGCAGCUUCCUUUGGCGAAAUUGACGAGCAAAUGUUGGGUUAUUUCAAAAAUGUCGAGAAAAUGUUGGAUGAUCCUCAGUUUGAGACCGCCGAAGAUCAGCGCUUGUUUGUCGAUAGUGUUUACUGUGAAGUCGAGGGCAACGAACUUCGUCUUACCACCAACUAUUCCUGCUCGCUCAUUCUCGAAAAACUGUUGAAAAUCUCCAACGCUUUUCAACUGCGUGUCUUUAUGGAUAAAUUAAGCGGACGAUCCGUUGAAUUAUUCGCCCAUCGCUUUGCUUCGCAUGUGUGCCAGACUCUUAUUACUUUAGCUGCCGACGUUGUUGAACGCGAAGUGAUCGAGGGAAAACCCGCAGAAGGGCCUGAACCACAGGAUGAGAGUCAAGGCGUAUUGUUGUCCAUGGAAGAACUUGUACUCGGCAUGUGUGAGGAUAUCAAACCCGUUGUCGGCGGCCUAAUAUCGCAACAGUUUGCUUCGCAUGUGAUUCGCUACCUUCUCUUUUUGCUGGCUGGCAAACGUGUGGAUGAAAUGGGAGACAGAAAGGGUCGUUUGAGAAGCAAAAAGUCAGCAAAAUAUAAAACGGAAAACAAUGAUACUCUGACCAAGGCAUCCGCUCACGCAUCAUCUACGCGAAGCGUUCCUGCUUCUUUCAAGAACAUGUUCCGCACCCUGAGCACUGAACUGGCCAUCAACUCAUCUGAAACCGAAGUGCGUACAUUGUCCGUGCAUCAAGUGGCAAAUCCCGUGCUUCAGCUUUUAUUGGAGAUGCAGGAAGACGAUGAGGAGGGACAGAAAGCGAAAACGGUUUUGCUGGACCGUAUUUUGUGGGGCAUUGUUACUGAUGUCGAUUCAACAGCCGAGAGCAAAGAUCGUGAUUCUUGGUUCGAAACACUCAUUCGUGACUCGGUUGGUUCUCAUUUAUUGGAAGUCAUUGCCAAAGUGGCACCCACGCCUGUGUACAACAAGAUCUAUACGACAUACUUACGAAACAAAUUGGAGAAAUUCAGCUUACAUCCUAUCGCUAAUUUUGUCAUACAACAUCUUUUGACCAAUGCACGCAGUCCGCAACAAUUUGAUAUGAUGGUGCAAGAACUGUCUGGAUCCUUUGAAAAACUGAUCAAGGGUGGAAAGUAUGGUGUGAUCCGAAGUCUCAUCGAGGCAUCUGUUACGCUCAAGACCUCGGAGAAAGAGAUUCUCCGAUCCCUGACCGACGCUUUGCAUAUGCCUGAGAAUCAGGACCGCAAAGAAUUUGUCAAUUGUGUUAUGCGCAUGUGGAAUUUGGAGGAUUGGACAAACUCGCCAGAAGAAGACAAACGCAACCUCCGAAAUUUCCAUUUGCAAGGUUCCUUAAUAUUACAAGCCAUUGUGAAAAUGCCGGCUGAACACAACAAUCUGGUUAUAAGCAGCUUCUUGUCGCAGAAUCCAGAUACCACCUUCCGAUGGUGCUUCUCACCGGUCGGUUCGCGUGCUUACCAGUCCAUUCUCUCUUCGCCUGAGGUGAACAUCAAGAUCAAGCGCAAGGUUUUGCGAAAUCUUGAGGGUCGUUAUGUGGAUUUAGCAAAAGAUAAAUUCGGCAGUCAUAUUGUCGAGCAAUGCUGGUCAGUGGCUGAUAUUGACAUGAAGGAACGCAUUGCAAACGAGCUUUUGAAACGUGAACGAGAAUUGUCAGAACAUUACAUUGGCAAGUGUAUUUUAUGGACAUGCAAGAUUGGUCAGUUCAAGCGAAAACGUGAGGACUGGGUGGAAAGAGAAAAGGGCAUCGAACGCAAGAAGGAAAUGUUCAAAGAUAUCCUUGAAGACGAGCCAGUCAAGGCGUCCAAGAAGCGAAAGAAUUUUUAAAUCGGUGACAAUGCAUUGCAAUAGAUUUUCUUCUCUUCUUUUCAAUAUGACACAUCAUUCUCAUUUAUCAUUUUCCCGCAUAUAAAUUCUACAUUCAUGAUUAUGAUCAAAAC